GUACAUGAGGUGAAGGCCAUGUCCAUGGGGGAAAUAGCCACCAGCUCUCUGGGAAGCCUGAGCUCAGGGGAUAUGAACACCCCUGCGGAGGUCCGUGACUACCUGGAUGUCGGGACCCCGGUCAAGUCGCGUGACAGCCCACCCAGGCCUGCUCCCCCUCCUACCAAGCCCAGGAGCAAACUGCCUCGGCCUAUAAGGUUCCUUAGCCUGCCAAAGGCUGCCACCGGCUCAGGGAGAAGAAGAUCGAGGGCUUGACCUCUCUCCGUGUGAUGGCUCAGAACCACGUGGACAUACUGAUGCCUAAACUCCAUGAUAUCUGCCUUGCCAUUAUAAAUGAGGUGAAGAACCUGCGCUCUGCAGUGUCCUGUGCUGCCAUGGCCACACUGGGUGACAUGUACGUCCACCUCCAGAGGGCCAUGGACAGUGAAGUGGAGGGGACGGCACGUGUGCUGCUGCACAAAGCCAGCGAGGCCAACACCUUCAUCCGGCAGGGCGCCAACUUUGCCCUGGGUCACAUGGUGCAGAGCUGCACCCCUACCCGUGUCAUGAAUGCCCUGCUGGUCGGUGGGCUGAGCCACCGUAACGCUGCGGUGAGGAGCUGCACUGCUCAGCACCUGGAGAGACUGGCUGAGGUCAUGGGGAUGGCUCGUCUCCUGUCGGGGAAGAAAGACCUCACUGACCGUUUCUUGAUUGCCGUCAGUAAACUGGCUGUGGACCCUGCACAGGAAGCCAGGCAUCAUGGUCGCAAUAUCUUGAGAAACGUGGCCACCAAUGGCGACUUUGCUAAAAUGUGGGACAAAUUCGCUCCGAGGAAAGAGCGAGAAUCCUUGAAGGAGUUCAUCUCAAAGGUUAACCUCAAAGAAAGGAGGGGUGUGUCACUUGAGUGGGUUGAGUCACUGACGUGGUCUUCCUGUAUGGGUUGGCGCCUCCCCUUGGGUUGUGCCGUGGCGGAGAUCUUUGUGGGCUAGACUCGGCCUUGUCUCAGGAUGGUAAGUUGGUGGUUGAAGAUAUCCCUCUGGUGGUUUGGGGGCUGUGCUUUGGCAAAGUGGGUGGGGUUAUAUCCUGCCUGUCUGGCCCUGUCUGGGGGUAUCAUCGGAUGGGGCCACAGUGUCUCCUGACCCCUCCUGUCUCAGCCUCCAGUAUUUAUGCUGUAGUAGUUUGUGUCGGGGGGCUAGGGUCAGUUUGUUAUAUCUGGAGUACUUCUCCUGUCUUAUCCGGUGUCCUGUGUGAAUUUAAGUAUGCUCUCUCUAAUUCUCUCUCUCUCUUUCUUUCUCCCUCUCUCUUUCUUUCUCCUCUGAGGACCUGAGCCCUAGGACCAUGCCUCAGGACUAGCUGGCAUGAUGACUCCUUGCUGUCCCCAGUCCACCUGGCCGUGCUCCUGCUCCAGUUUCAAUUGUUCUGCCUGCGGCUAUGGAACCCUGACCUGUUCACCGGACGUGCUACCUGUCCCAGACCUGCUGUUUUCAACUCUCUAGAGACAGCAGGAGCGGUAGAGAUACUCUUAAUGAUCGGCUAUGAAAAGCCAACUGACAUUUACUCCUGAGGUGCUGACUUGCUGCACCCUCGACAACUACUGUGAUUAUUAUUAAAUGACCAUGCUGGUCAUUUAUGAACAUUUGAACAUCUUGGCCAUGUUCUGUUAUAAUCUCCACCCGGCACAGCCAGAAGAGGACUGGCCACCCCUCAUAGCCUGGUUCCUCUCUAGGUUUCUUCCUAGGUUUUGGCCUUUCUAGGGAGUUUUUCCGAGUCACCGUGCUUCUACACCUGCAUUGCUUGCUGUUUGGGGUUUUAGGCUGGGUUUCUGUACAGCACUUUGAGAUAUCAGCUGAUGUAAGAAGGGCUAUAUAAAUAAAUUUGAUUUGAAAUUUGA